GUCUAUCCACAAACGAAAACGCGCUCGGAUGCGAUCAAAUACAGAAGUCUUUCAGGCACUUGACAGGAAAAUGAACGAGAAUCCAACCACAGCUGCAUCGCAGAGACAAACAGGUUCACUUCGCUACCCAGGUGUAGUCUGCUGCAGCGAUCUACCUGCGAUGGUAGAGAAGACGCUACCGUAGUAGGGAAACGCGCACCAAAUGAACCUGGCGUAGUCGUCGUGCUUGAAGUUGCGAAGAGGGGCCUUUACAUUUCACGAUUUGAAUCAGCGAGAACGAUUAAAAGAAUGUUUGUCCAUAAGCGUCUUCACUCACCUGUUCCUCGAUGUGCAAGAACGUGUAGCCCUGCCUGCGGUGAUCUAUGACGAACUUGAACACCCCCCAGUGGUCCGGAGCCUGGCAACAGCGCGUGACACAGUCUAAACACGGGCCAGACUCUGUUGGCUGACCUUGAAGUUGGUGGUGAAUGUGCCAGAGGAAGCCUUGUUGUCCAGAAACAGCCGCAGAUAGGGAUCCAGCAUCACAAAUUCAACCUGCGGUGGAAAAAAGGACGGGAGACGCGGGUACCUAUGGUGACGCUUGACGUCAGUCUGCUGCCUCUCGAACCUGCACGUCGUCCCCCAUGUAGGCAACCCACUUGCCUGAGAAGCAUCAAUGGAUGCUCCGGACCCCUGGGUUACCGAUUUUUGUCUCUUCACCUUGUUUGAUCUCUUGGAUGUCGAUUGAGAAUGUGAUGUUGUCCAUGAUCCGGUACAUGUAAGGAGCCGAUUCUUCGUCGUAUUUGUGGUGACGCAGAUUGAUACUACGCAAAACACCUAAGCCAGCCAUAUUCGCUGGUAUAAAAAAUGCAAACUUCGUGUCUUCCGCUUGUUCCUCUACCAGUUUGGUGGCACGUCCACGCGGCGAGCUGGCCACAAAACUGGGAGUUAGACACAUUGCUGCGCAGUAAAGACACACGUGCACGUGCGCCCACGCUCCAUAAUAGAAUAGACCGUGUCAUGUCCCAGCUGUACCUAAGUAGGAAGAAUUCAUCAGAGAACAUGUCUAGCGACCCGGAGAAGACAGCGCGCGCCGAAUUGUGAGCCUGAAAAAAACAAUGACUCUUCCGCGUCACUCCCGUUCACAGCGCUUUCGUUCACGACCUGCAUGGCCGAAACCAAAAAGGUGUUUUCUGCAGGAGGCACAGCGCUUUGUUCGAGGGUGACUGACGUGUGAUCCUUUGUCUUCCUCUUCUGUCUCUGCCUGUCUCCACCUUGUUUGUCCCCUCGGUAUCCGGCGUCCUCUUCCACCGACGCGGGCGCGCUGUAGGUGGUUGGCGACGCGCGCAAGAUACUGAAGGUGAGCGAAUUGCUGGGACUCAACCAGUGACCUACUCCUGGUCAAACAAAGAGCUCUCAUUUCUUUCUGUCUUUGCCGUUCUCGUUCGGAGCCUCAACCUACCUCUGUACGCGACUGGCCCUCCUAGCGCUUUGUCAUCAACAACGGGCGUGCUCCGAAGUAUCUGAGAUGCAUAACCGAUUCACAAAGCGCUUUCUCCAUGGACUCAAUGUAGGUGUGGCAAUUUCACCUUGUCCGAUGUAAUCAUUGAGUGUUGUCCUUCGUCGCUUCCGUGGAAUGCAAAGUGAUCACGCAAGACCCACCCCUGAACAGGAUUUCACGUUCCACAAGUGUGUCUGCCUCAUGCAGCCUUUACCCUUCUGUCCAGGUCCAUCCCCAGCUCGUUGGCGAAUGUCCGCAGCUCUUUCCAUUGAGCAGAUGAUGCCACGGCAGCCGUAUCGUCACCGCUUCCGUCGGAGUUGCCCUGCACGGAGGCACCGGUUGCGAUGAGCAGAUUGCCCCCAUCGUCCAUGAACGACAGCAGCUGCCCGAACAGCGACCGGAGGGCGUCAGACGACGGGAAUGGGGCGCGCAGAAACAGCACCACGUUGUUGAAGGCCCUCUCGCCGUGGCGGAACAUUUCUUUAUCGACGUCACUGUCGCGAACUUUGCGAUACGCAAGGCGGUGGCCAGCGGCUAAGCGUGCAAACAACAGCAAUAUUAUUUAUUGACUCAUUCAUGCAUUAUUGUGGCUGACCCUCCAUUUGUUUGAAGAAACGCGUGAAUGAGUCUUUCAUCUCGAUUGGGUCCAGUACCACCUGAAAGCAUCAGGCGUCGCCAGGGCGUCACAAGGCACCACUCGUUCCAUACUAGUGUUCUUGGAUUGUCGUAUUUGUGAUCAUCCACUGCAGGGCGGACCUCAGGAGCCGUCACUGACAGACACACAUACCAGCUACCCGUAUCAGAGUGCUUCGCGGAUGCUCCUUGCUCACCUUCAUUCCUGACAGACGUUCCCAGCAAUGCCUCCUUGAUGCGUUCGUCAACUAAUGGGGGCGCUGGACAGCAAUGCACAGGCACAAAAGAAAGAAGGCAGUCAGAUGAUGAUUAUUCGCUUGACGUGCUUCACUCGUAUCUCACCUUUCGCAAGAUCUGUAGUGCAAAGGACGCACGGGAUGACAGCCACCAACAAUGGCAGCGUAAAAAGUGCCAUAGCUGCUUUCUCAAGGCAGG